AUGGUGUUGACGAAGGAUCGUCGUGGUCGUCUGCGUAGCCAAGCGGUUGCAGAGGAUUUUCCUGCCAUCGCUCCAGUUAUACCUCCUGCAGCCGGCGAGCCUUCUUCAGGGGUUCUGGAAGCCCUACAGGUCCUCAUCCGGCAGUCACAAGCUGCGGAUGAGAGAAUAGCGUGUCUCCAGCGGCAAGUAACCGGGAUGGCGAUUCUGCUGAGAGAUCAUGGGAUUUCGGCUGAAGCUGGAAGCCCUUCUUCUGCUCCAAGGACGCCGCCGACGCCGCUGCUCGCUGCUCGCCCGAUUCCAGCACCUAGAACACCUCGAGUAUUGCCCUCGGGCGGAGUUCCUAUUCCGGUAGCUGCUAGUCCAGGAGGCCUAGGGAGCCCCCGGGAUCCGGGACGAGCGUUCCGCGCUUUUUCUGGGGUUCGCUGCGUGGCUGCUCCUAGAAGGGUGGUCACCCCGGCCGCAAAUUCUCCAUCUUUUAGCGGGGAUGCUCCCCAGCGUCCAGCUUCUGCAUCUUCCUGUGCCGUUAGAGCACCUGCUUCUUUUGCUCCUCCACAGCAGGAGCAGACCUUAUCGGGACGCGCCCCCUCACUUAGCGGUCUCCAGAGGAUCUUCGCCAGUUCCUGCAGCAGCAGAAUUAGUAGUAGCUAA